UCCACGCCUUCCCUCUCAUUCCGCCGGCUUGACCUCGCUGGGACAAACAAGACACCGGUGUGUGUCACACAGUGGCGUCUUUGUGCCACCUGUUUGCGCUGGCAAAUCCCAGAGAAUGGGAGGGAGGACGUCACUGACAGGUGAGCAAAGAGGAUGGAUUGAUGCCGGGCCGGCAAAUAAAGAACGCCGCCCGCCGGGAGGUCAAGCAGCCGGGAGGAAGACGUGGACCAGCGUGGAGGACUUGACGGGAGAAAUAUUCAAAAAUGCUUGCGCUAAUCCUGCUGCAACUCCUGAUCAUUGCAUCAGCAAACGGCCAAACGACGGCAGGGACACCCACGCCUGCGGUCACCACACCUGCGGUCACCACACCUGCGGUCACCGCGCCUAAGGCCGCGACGACCAACGCUGCCACGGCCGCCAGCAAAGGCGCAACUAGCAACGCGGCGACCACACCCGGCAAAGUGGCGGCCACCACAGCUGGCAACAACACGACGAUAACAGCUGGCAACAACACAACGAUAACAGCUGGCAACAACGCGACCAUAACAGCCGGCAACAACGCGACGAUGACGGCCGAUCAGGGGAACAACACCACGGCGUCGAGGGCCGCCUCGCACACGUCGCUGAGUUACAUGGGCGGCGCAGUCGUGUGCCACCUGGGUGUGGCGCUCCUUAAAUACUACACUAUCUAAACGACAUAUACACCGACUGUAAUUUAUUUGAAAUACGAUGCAUGUUGAUAGACUGGAACACAUACCUAGAUGAUACAGCGUGGUUGGAUAUUGUAAUAAUAAUAAUAAUAACAAAAUUAAUUAAAUAAUUUUGUGCCUAUAUUUACUGUCUUUGAAGUGUAAAAAGAAGUUAAUACUUUUGUGUCUAAACCAGGGGUGUCAAAUGUACGGCCCGCGGAGAACAGGUUUUAUCCGGCCCGCGGGAUGAGUUUGUGAAAUAUAAAAAUGAGCCGAAAUUUUUGAACAAAAGAAACCGCUUUUCUAAAUGUGUCCACAAGAUGUCGCAAUAGCAAUUCUUUGUAUCUUAUGCUAUAAAUCAGGGGUGCCCAUUACGUCGAUCGUGAGCUACCAGUCGACCGCGGGGGGUGUGUCAGUCGAUCUCCAGCCAGGUUUUUAAAAAAAAUAGACCUAAAAAUUAGUGAUCAGCAAUCUUCACCAAGACGUCACUUAAAUGACAUUCACGGUACCGGAGGGUCUUGUGAGAUGACGCUGGCUGCUGCAA